AUGGAAAUAGAACCUAACCCAGGAGACCAAAUUCCCAUACCCGCCUUCGACCCAAACAAAAUCCCUAGAAUCCCAGUGCCAAACCCUCUAGCUUAUGACCUUUGGGAAAAUGAACAUAGGGAUUAUCGAGAACUCUACCCACAAGAGGAGCCCAUACCAAACCCUAUAGCACCAUACCCCAACCCUGACCCUCUAGAUCCAUAUAGGGAUGCUGAUAAGUAUGCUCGGGAAAUACUAGAAAACCCAUACCCAUAUGGAGAACCCGUACCACCAUGCCUUGACCCAAUACCCACACCACCACCACCCAUGAGUACCGAAACCGUGCAGGAACUCCGCACUUUUGGUGAGGAGUUAGUAGAUGAAGGGGAAAGAAUAAGGCAAAUAGGGGAAAGGCUAGUUUGGAAGUGUGACGAGCGAAAUAUGCAAUACUGGAUGAACCCCUAG